CUGGUGAGAAUAUGUCCCUGAAUAUAUUUUCAUCCCGUGUUCUUGCUAACACAAGAUCUGGUGGGGGUAGUAUUACCCAAAGAGAGGAAAUACCACAAUAAAUUGUACCUGUGAUGCAAAGUACCUUUGAGCAAGCUGAGUCAAGGUUUUCAUCCUCGCAAAUUUUAGUGCAUGUGUACGUGCCUGCACCUGUGUGAGCACAUCAACAAAAAAGAAGAAGAUAACCUGUAGUUGGACCGUGAUUACUGUUGCCCAAGGCUAUGUCUUAUCUGAGCGGGCGUAGUUGUCAGUGCCCUGCGAUGUAAUGGGAUGUGUUCGGACUCCUCUUGUCAGCCUGCAUGCACCAAGAUGCUGUCCCUGAUAACGGCUUGAUCCUGGAAACCUGGCCUGGAAUGCAGCCUAUUGGGCAACAGCUACUGUAUGCACGUUUGGAGAAGUGGUGAAUUCAAAGAGAAGGUUCAGGACCACCACAAGCCACUAGAACAGUUUAAUUCAAUUUUACCUUUGUUUUGCCAAUUCACAAGCAAAGCUGUCUGAGAGCACUUUACUCCUGGCACAAGUCUCAGACCACACUUGUCGCUCAUUAAAGGACCACUGGAACUGUACCUGAGCUUGAGUCAUACAUCGUUGACAUAUGAACUCAUAUUUCAUACGGAGAUUUACACAUAACCACUCCACAUUUUUAAUUGAAAUCAUAGAGUGACCCACCUCAUUUUUCUGUCGUUUCACUUUGUUUCAGCUACGCCUGUACUUUAGAAUGUCUUGUCUGCUUUUAUGUACUGUCUGUUUUUGAAGGCGUGAGUAGAAUUAAUAGUUUAAAAGAAUUAAAUUGGUCUUGACAAAGCCAUCCAAAUGACAACAAUUCAAAACUUGGGUCAAAAUUCUCCAUUGAUGUGUUCUGUUUAAAAUUCAUAUCACUGAGGUGCAACUCUUCUUGUUUUUUAUUGGUGCUCAACUCUGACACACUUAAUUCACAUGAAGUUCAUUAUAUGACAAUCAAAGGCCUUUUCCAUUCUGUAGAAACAGAUACCCUGUUAGUCUGUUUUAUUCUGUGGGCAGGCCUUCUCUCCCCAAAAAUAUCACAUCUGCCUUGUUUUUGUUUUCUUCAUAUUGUUCUCUUUUUAUUUAUUUUUUUUAUCUUCAUAAUUUUUUCGUUACUUUCCUUUGAGAAAGUCAGGAGUGGUCACCUUCAUUUUAUUUUUAAUCUUGGAUUACCCAAUCUUUUUUCUUUCCAUUUUAUCUUCUAAUCUAUUGCAUUUACCAACAUCACAAAAUUCCAUGUAACUCAUUUUGCUUUCAAUCAACAAACAAUUACUCACAUUAACAUUCAUACACUGCAACUUUUACCUAUCCAGUUUAACAUCUCAUUAUUCUUUCCUGUAACCUUCUCACACAAACUGUGGACUAAGUGGACAUCGUUUAACCACUUCCAAAUUACUUUUAAAUCAGGACUGAGAGCCAAUAUCAAGGUCUUCUGGUUAGGUCUUCAGAGAAUUACAAGUAAUCAUUCUACAUUUCAUUUGGUUCUCCGUGACCACUUUACAUUAGGCAUGAGACCGAUUUUUGACACUAUCCUCAGUGAGCAAUUUCUGCAGAAUCGCUAGAUGCUUUCAUUCAACACACCAAUCUGUCGCCUUGGAUGGUUGCCCUCUUUGGGUUGGGGGUUAGGAUCUAACCCGAGAGCAGAAUUCGUAUGAUGUUAUACAACACAUUCAUUUUCUAAGUGCAAAGAAAUAUUUUUUCAGUUUGUAGCAUUCUGAUGGAGAACACGUAAUUAAAAAGAAGUACCUAAAGAAAAGAAACACCAAAGCUGGUUCAGCACUUUUUUUUUUUUUUUUACAGCCAGUGCAGCUAACGUGAAUAAAUGCAGGGGAAAGAGAUGGCAAUGUAAAUAAUGACGGGAUGAUUUGCUCCCUGGAGUUGAAUUUAAUUCAAGUCACUUUCUAUUUCUAUUAUGAUCUCACAGAGACAUUCAUAUGCGCAGGUCUCUGCUAAUUGUCUGAAAAAGGACGUGCUGAUAAAAAAAUCUCUUCCCUGUGCUCUUCCAGAAGGCACUGAAUUGUACCACUCCAGAUGCUCCCUGUGUCAAGGCCCAUUUAUAUUUAACACCUCGGCCUGGCCUCCUUGAGCCGCAAGGUUCCAUCACCUUCUACAUCCAGAUCAAUGAACGUUAUUACCGCAGUGUUCCUCUCUAUUAAUCCCCAACUGUUUAAUAAAUUUUCUUCACCUCAGUUGUUCUGCCUCACUUUGCUUCUACUCAACAAAUAGUAUCACAUAAGGCUAAUUACUACAUUGACUCUGGGUGCUGGUCCAGUUCCAUCGGCAUUACCAUAAUGUUCAUAACAAUUUGGGGCCCUGUCUCCACUUGUUGUAUAACAUCAAUGUCAUCUAGUUGCACAUUGAAAUGUAUUAUUCACAUGUAGCACCUUUGUCCUUUUCAAUUUAUGAAGGUGCUUAAUAUUCAAAUGCUGAAGGUGGUGUUGGCUUGCGUACAUGUGGCCUUUUGACCUGGUCAGCUAUUUUUAAAGGAAGUACCAGAUGGCAAGGGAUCUUUUACAAGUUCAAAACACAAUAAAUUUGACAUUUUCAACUUUGGUGAUGAAUCUUUGUGGUGACAUUGGUCACAUUUGUGAGCAAAACUUUCUGGGAACACUGCCUGGCUGCGGACAGAUCUGCAGCAGCCUGGUUUUGGCUCAGAUGAGCACUGAAGUGGGGAUAGAGCAUCAGGCCUGUGUACCGCUGCCAAAUCUGCUGGCCGCUAUUGAUACCCAAUUUCCUCUGUCAGCCCUAAUCUACUUUGAAUUUUGAGGCUUUGCGCUAAGCUCACCGUGUCCAUCCCAUGGCGUGUCAUGCUGUCUAUUGGACUGGCAUCGCUCAUACUCCAAAAUUACAGUGGCUUCACCAUUUAAAAAACAAAAGCCUUGCCAGUCUUAAGUUUUGCGCUGCACAGCACUGACAUUUUAAUUGUUCCGUGCGCACUCAUAUUAAGAGAGAUGCUAACAUUACUGUUAAAUUCCUCACAAUUCUUUCUCUGAAUACUCGGAAAGUGGCACAAUGGUUAUAAUACUUGGCAGAAGAUUGGAGUAAAGAGGAUCAAAUCCUGUGUGGUGGAAGAAUGUAUUUUUGCACAACCUCCCAUUGAGCAGAGGCCAAUUUAACAGGGCCACUAAGACAAGCGACGGUAUUAUAAGCAAAGAAACAGUAAACUACUAGGCAAUUUUAUACAUAUUCCACAUUUGUAAGAAACCUUUGGCAUUCAGUGUUAGAAUAAUUUAUAAAGAUUGGAAGAAAAUAUCUUGUUUUAGCAUUUACUGUAAUUAGCUGUUUAUCAUAGACAUCCGUAUGCUUCAUUUAAUGUUCAAGGUUUUUGUGCACAGGGUAAUGUGUGCUUUGUUGGUUCAGUAUGUACAAUAUGUAUGAAUGUACUUAAUAAUUUAUGCAUACAUCCAUUUUCAACACCGCUUAUCCCGGUUUGAGUCGCCGGAGCCAGUCCUAGUUGACUUCGGGGUAGAGGCGGACUACACCCUGAAAUGGUCGCCAGUCAGUCACAGGGCACAUAUAAACGCAGUCACUGAUUGGGAAUUGAACCCACACUGCCUGCGCUUAAAUCAGGCGAUUUAUUUUCAGGCGAUGCCACUACACCAUCAGUGACUGGAUUUGAAGUAAUAUUUAUCCAUACAAGUGAAAAAAUAUUAAUCAUUGAUAAAGUGCAAAUAGUAUAAAACAACAUUCUGUAUUCUAAAGAUGGAGUCGCCUUAUAUCCGGUGUAUAUUUAUUCUUUGUUCUCAUGUUCCUUUUCUUAAGGGAGUCGUAAAAAGCCAAAGAAAAAGCAAAACGCAUACCCAGAGUCAAGGCGCUGACCUCCUCGGAGGUAACUGGGAUUUCACACUGACUGGCUGAUGUCUCACAUGACAUUGUAUGUAUACUGUAUAUAGCUCUGAUUUAUUGGCAAACUGUUAAUACAGUAACCAUUUUGCAUUUUGUAUUUUGUUGUUGAAUCAUAAUUAUAACCCACGCUGGACUGGUGUAUUUGAGUGGUGCAUUUCCUACAAAACUACUUGUAAAAUUAGCUCUGAAAACUGCCAGUGGUAAAGGUUUCUUCCUGUUUUCCCCUGCCAGUCAUUAAAUUUGCAAUAUUGAACGAGACAGUGAGGCUCUAAAAUGUGGGCCUGGGGUUCACCACAUGAUUUAUUUCCCCUCUGACGCGUCUGUCCUCCAUGCUCUUUCUCACCGAUCACCUGACGGCAUAGACGUUACAGUCUAUGAAAACACCUCUCUCUGUCUCUCCAUUUCCUCUCUUUCUGUGUCUUUGUCUCCCAUGUGUAUGCACUGCUAUCUCCCCCCGAGCAAGGUCACUUCACACAGCGCUAAUGACUGGAAUCAAAUAUGUGGGGCAAAAUGAGACAAGAACCUCCCACAUGUGAUGCCUCCAAGCUUUUCGCUGGUUUAUUGAGGUCACCUAAUUGGAACGGCAAAAGAGCAAAACACACAGCCUGAUGACAAAAUGUACAGGGUCGCGGGAGUGCUGAAGCCUACCCCCGCUGACUCUGGCCGAGAGGCGGAGUGCACCCUGAAUUGGUCACCAGCCAAUUGCUGAGCAACCUGUCCUUAUCUUAUGUUUUAUUUCAAGACAUAUUAAGGCAGAAUGGUGAAUGAGUGCCAAGUACGGUUCUGAUAUGGUCCUCAAAGUUCUGAGGCUUCAGAUUCUGCCGGAGACGAGCCCAAUGGAGUGCUGUGAGAGCCGAUGGGACACAGAAGACCAUGAGAAGAAAUAUCUGUCGAUUCACUUUUGAAUUACAACACUAGGUAGUAAAGAAGUCCAUCAUUUAGGAUUGAUGUUCCAUAUGGCGGAGGGGGCCUCAAGCAGUAUCUCCCAAUUAAGGUCCUCGACAAGCCUGGAAGCCUAGAGCCCAGCGUUUACAAUGCUACCGCCACUGCUAAGGCCAACAAAGUAAACAGCGAUGCCUUCGAAGGUCUCCUGUUUCUACUUGCUGACAGUGGUUUGCUGGGCCAGUGCUCUAUGGUAUCUGAGUGUGUCACGCCCAUCCACUUCUUAUGUGGGCCAGCUGAGUAUCCCGAUUCGCAAGGCACCCAAGCUCAACAAAAACACCACCUUCGGCAACUACCGUUCUCGGUCUCUGAAUCCCCAUGACUUUGCGUAUAUCAUCAAUGACGCCAAGAAAUGUGAGUUGGAGACCCCUUUUCUUGUCAUCCUAAUAAGCACCACUCACAAGGAAUUUGAUGCACGGCAGGCAAUAAGAGAGACGUGGGGUGAUGAAAGUACAUUUCCUGAUGUGCGCGUGGUCACGCUCUUCUUGUUGGGUCGCAGCACGGAUGCUGUCCUAAACCACAUGGUGGAGCAGGAGAGCCAGAUCUUUCAUGACAUUGUAGUUGAGGAUUUUAUUGACUCUUACCACAACCUGACGUUGAAGACACUGAUGGGCAUGCGCUGGGUGGCCACCUAUUGCUCUAAAGCCCAAUAUGUUCUCAAGACAGACAGUGACAUAUUUGUCAAUAUGGAAAAUCUCAUUUACAACCUCCUCAAGCCCACCACUAAACCCAGGAGGAGAUAUUUCACCGGUUACGUCAUCAAUGGCGGGCCAAUCAGAGACAUGCGAAGCAAGUGGUAUAUGCCGAGAGACUUGUACCCAGACAGCAAGUACCCACCAUUUUGUUCUGGCACUGGCUAUGUGUUUUCGGCAGAUGUAGCCGAGCUCAUCUAUCAAACCUCUCUGCACACCAGGCUUCUACAUCUCGAGGAUGUGUAUGUGGGUGUGUGUUUGCGUAAACUGGGGAUCCACCCUUUCCAAAACAGUGGUUUCAACCACUGGAAAAUGGCGUACAGCCUCUGCCGCUACCGCCGAGUUGUCACCGUCCACCAGAUCUCCCCUGAGGAGAUGCACCGCAUAUGGAACGACAUGACCAGCAAGAAACACCUUAAAUGUUAGCAGGAUUCCUCCAGCAUGACUCUGUGAGUCAGGGAGCUAUUGAUUGACCUUUUAUCACCUGCGUUUCCAACACUGGCAAGGACUGUACAGCACAAAGCACUGCUCUGGAAGGAGAGAAUUGACUGACCAUUCACAGCUUUGUCCAAAUGCUGAUUGCUUUGGCAGGAGUUUCUUUAGCACAAAAUCAAACAUGCCUGUUUGUAUCCACGAUCUUUUCAAGUGUUUUAAAGUGCAUUCAGGCUUGCACACUCGCUUGUACUGCAGAAAGUAAUGAGCAGCAUGUCUUCUUUUUAAUCACUGAAAUUAUUAACUGUCAUCAAUGACCAGGAUUGGCUCAGUACCAGCACAGGUCUUUGAAAUCAUUGCAUUGGGUUUGGGUUGAUCUCGGCUUGUUUUGAAUAUUCCUUUGUCUUCUGUUGUAUUAAAGCCAACUUUCCACCAAGUUCCAUAGGUUCAUGGCAAGUUAUGUUUCUCUGUCAACCAAUUAAUGAAAGGCAGAAGAACCUCUUAUGGAAACAUAUCACUGAAGUUGGUGUCUUGACAAAUAGGUGCCAAAAAGUAGUACAAUACAGAUGAGUUAUUUUUGUACUUAACACACCGUUUAUGACAAACUUGAACCAAAAAAAAAACAAUGCAUGGUGGGAGCAGUGCAGAAACAGGCCUUGUGGUUGGUACCGUAGUGAUUAAUGGCAAAAUUACUGAAUGACCCAUCUCGGCAAAAAUGAUGACUAAACAACCCAUUUGCCGAUGUACAGUAUGCUGUAAAAUAUUUAACCAUAUUUUCUUACAACAGGUCCCACUCUGGUUUUAUUGUUCAUCAAGGAGAAGAGAAUCUGCUGCUUGCAUUAGUAGUAAAUAUUAUUUAUUUUAAUGUGUACUGUGCAGCUAUUUGUCUCAGGCAGUGCAGAGGACUUGUGUUUGUUUGAUUACUUGAAUGUGAAUGAAAGUAAAUGCAAGCGUGAACUGAGAAAAUGUUACCUUCUGUUUGGGGUGUCUAGAUUCAAUAAAACCUUUUUAUAAGAUUUUC